AUGGCUCUCAGCAGCAGAAAGACAAGCGACGAGCAAACUUCACGCCUGCGUGCCUGCACGUCAGACCUGAAGGCCGCGGAUCAGAUCACUGCGGAGAAGAAUACUUGCGACGCACUCGGCCUCCUUCACCCGGAGGGCCCUCGUUUCAAGGCCUGGAGCGUGCUCAUUCACACACUCGUGAUGUGGUCAUCGUUCUGGGUGACCCUCGAGUUCGCCUUCGUCCCGAAUCCGUCCCCGGCAAUUCUGUACUUCGACAGCGCCGUGUCUCUCGUAUUUCUCGCCAACAUCGCCAUCACCUUCAAGCUGGCCUUUCGAUGCAGCCGGUCUCUUCGGCUCGUCACGUCGAGGAGCGCAAUCGCUAUGCGAUACGCAAAAGGGGGUCUGCUAUUCGACUUUGUGUCAUCCAUUCCGCUCAACAUGAUUUAUUACUGGGCCAAUGGGUCCCCGGCUUCCGGAGCCCUUGGCUACGUCUUUCGUGGGCUUCCUUGCCUGCGCCUGUACCGUAUCGUGCACUUCUACCAUGCUCUUUCUGCGCUCGGAACGGCGAACCAGGCGCUGUAUUUUAGCAUUCGCGUUUUCAAGCUCGUGCUGAACAUCGUUCUGGCGUCGCACCUCUUCGCCGUGGCCUACUUCUUCCUCACCCUCAUGGAGCCCGACCCCGAAAACACCUGGAUCGGCCAAGGCAUCGGCCCGGACUGGCCCGACCAGUCGGUGUUUCUGCAAUACGUGGCGGCGCUGUGGUGGUCCAUCUUCGUCAUCACCAGCAUCGGCCCCGCCUACACUUCCGUCACCACAGCCGAGCAGAUCUUCAGCUGCUUCUACGCUCUCUUCGGCAUGGCAACUCUGGCCUACACCCUUGGCACACUGACGCUCCUCAUGGUCAAGCAAUCCAGCAAGACCAUGCAAUACCACGAGGACAUGGCGGCGCUCAAGGCGUACGUGGCGCGCACCAACCUGCCGGCGGAGGUGGAGCGGCAGCUGAAGCAGCAGCUGCGCGUGCAGCUGCAGAUGCACAAGUCCGACGCCUCCUCCUUCCUCUCCAGCAUUCCCCACCACCUGCGAGUCACCGUCUCCCGCCAGCUCUACCUCCCCAUCGUCGAAAACCUCGACGGCUUCCGCCUCUGCUCCAAGGCCUUCCUCAAGCAACUGGUGUCAGAGAUGGACGUCGAAACGGUCAUGCGCAACGACAUCGUGACAUCAGAGGGGGACGUGGCUGCGCAUCUCUACAUUGUGCUCUCAGGCAAACUCGUUCGCGAGGAUGGACCUGCAGCAGCCCUCCAGAGUGGAUUCUCCUCCUUCCUGACGGCGGGGUCGGUGUUUGGCAAGACAGCAGUGAUGUGUGACGUGCCGCAGCUCUUCACAGUGCGAGCGCUGGAGCACAGCCAGCUGCUGCGCCUCUCCAAGACAGCCUUCACCACCAUCGCCAGAGCCUACCCGGCAGACUCCACCAUCCUCUUCACUGCCCUCAAGCAGAACAUCGACGGGCCAGAGUCGCUCAUCCGCACGCCCUCUGAGCUUGCGGUCUCCCGGGGCCUGGCCCGCUCACAGCCCUCGUGGAAGGCCAUCGGCUCUACCCCAGAGGAGCCCGUGCAGGGCAAGGGGCUGCUGGAGUCUGUUGCUGUGGACAGUGGGGACGGUGACCAGGUUGCCAGGGUGUGCGGCGCUGCUGCCUCUGGCCGAGCAGACCAGCUGGUUGACCUGUUCACAACCACGCCCUCCCUCGCCCACUGCCACGACUACAACGGUCGCACCCCCCUGCAUGUGGCGGCCGCCCACGGCCAUGUCAGCUGCAUCAACGCCAUUCUGAAGUGCAAUGGUGUCGACGUAAAUGCUCUUGAUCGCGGCGGUUCCACCCCUCUCCUGGAGGCAGUGAAGAACGGCCACACCAAGGCAGCAGAGGCACUGCAGGCAGCAGGCGCAGCACUCCUCCUUAAGGACCCUGGGGCUACCCUCUGCCGCCUCGCCGCAUCCGCAGCUUCAGAAGCCACCACCACCAACACCACCACCACCAGUGCUAAUGCUGGUGGUGGCUCCCCACCGAAAGCCACGGGCAAGAGGGGCGGCAGCAGUGUGGAGUAUCUGAAGCGGCUGCUGGCGGCAGGAGCAGACGUGAAUGCGCAGGACCAUGCUGGCUGCACUGCCCUGCAUGUUGCCUGCGCCAACCGCAGCAUUGCUGUUGCCAAGCUCCUCAAGGCUCAUGGUGCUGACCCCCAUCUCGAGGAUAUGAGUGGCAACACUGCCUAUGACUUGGCCAAGGCAGGCAGGUCUGGGGACCUGCUGAAUGAGCUGGACAGCCAGCCACCCACCCCAACGCAGGGUGCCUUAGCUGGCAGCUGUGUGAGCGUGUGCAGGCCCAGCCUUUUCGAAGGCCUGCGCUAG